GCUGGAAACACAAUUAAACAUGCCUUAGUCUACAUAUUUUUGAGCGAGCUACAAAAUCCAAUCUUUUCUUGGGCUUUUAAAACAGCUUUUAUUGACAUAUUUUGCUUUUACAUCAUAUAUAUUCUUUUCUCUAUCCCCCCUCCCAGAACCACUUCUACAAGAAUAAGAGGAAAAAGCAGUUUAGCAAAAGUAACCAACAUAGCAAAAAAGCCUGACAUUCUAAGUAGUGUUCCACAUUGUAGUCCUCAUGAGGAAAAAGUCGUUACAUACACUCAUAGUAUACAUUGUUUUGCUUCAUAUCAGUUUAUAUCUACCUUACUUUCCCUAUAUUCAUCAUAUUCAUCUUUUUAACUUAACAGUAAUAUUCUGUUACAUAUUAUUUGCCUUUGGCUUUUCAAAACCAAAUGAAUACAAAUGCAUUGCAAAGAUAUAAAACCAAGCUUAUCUUUUACUAUAUUUUGUAAAGUGAUUUAUUUCAAAGGACAGAAGUACCUUCUACAAGUAACAUCUCAGAAAAUAAUUUCAUUAAGCUUUCUUUAAAAUACAAGAUAUGCAUAAAUAUCCCUAACAAGCUUCAUGUUACUUUGGACUAAGUAUAGAAACCACCGAAAUUUUACAAGUAUAACUGGGGGAAUCUUUUGGAAAUAAUAAAGCACAUCAAAGUUUACAAUCCCUUCCUCACAAUCUAAUGAGAUGGAUAUAAUCUUAUCUACUCUACUUCACAAACUAGGGCUCAAAAAAAUUAAAGAGAAAUGUCCAGAGUAGAGAUAACUGGAACCUCGGUAUUCUGACUCGAGAUCAAUUUCAUUUCUAUCAUCCAUAGAAACUCUCUGGCUUACAUAAUCAAACACAAAUUUUGUCUUUUUAAACAAACAAACAAAAACUAAGGACUUAGGUGCACUAUUGCAUCAAGGCCACAUUAUGGUCGAAUUCCUAAACGUCCCAACUUUUUUUUACUUUAGCAUCCCCACACAAUUUAAUGGGAAAUUACUCCCCCUACUUUGUGUACCUCUCUCUAUAACAGCUACAAGAAAAACCUAAAAUUUUAAAGUUAAAAGAACUGAAGAUGACAUAUGUAAAGAAACCUUUCUAAGAAUAAAACAUUACGAUAUAAUUAACACAAAGGUGGAACCUUGUGGUUACCAACACAUAGAGGAGAGAAACAAGUUUCUCAGGUGCCCAAAAUAUUUUGCUACUCAUUUUGGCAUAACCAUUAGGCAUUCAUUUCUUGGCAAACAAUGAGAAAAUACAGUGUUUUCAGGAGUGAUUCUUCCAAUAUUACAAGUGCUUACAUAUGCAGCCACUCAAGUUUUUUCUCAUUGGGACUGAAAGCAUCAACACCCAUACAUACUACCAGAAAGGAGUAAUGAAAAAAAAAAAUACACCAAUUGGGAAUCAAGAAAGCAAAGGUCCAAAUACUGACUAUUGAUACAUACUUUUCUAACUAGGCCUGAUUGUUGGGGGCAGGGUCAGCUGUAGGAAAAAAUGAGGAAUUUGCACGAUACUUUCUGGGUCUUAAGGAGAAAUUCAGACUGUCCCCUAUUCAGUUCUGCUGGAAUUUCUUCUAAAGUAAAAAUGUAGUUUUGAAUAUAUCAUAAAAUACAGUAUUCCUGUCUCCAAUUUCCUACAAAGUGAAAGGGCUAACUUAUUUUAUGACGCCCAUUUUACAGGUGGGGAAACAGAAGCUCUCACAGCUGGUUUUGGGGAGGGGUGCUUUCUGGAUAUUUCCACCACUCUCCCUAGAUUAGAGCUACCUUCCUGUUUUCCUUUCUAGUUUCACUUAGCGGCCCACCCACGAUCAGCUUCCCUUAAAGCAGGACGCUAAUAGAGAAGACGCCCUGACCUCUCCACCCAGCUUGAAGACCGAGUCUGCUAACGCGGUUGCUCGCUGCAGCAUGGAUCUACCUUCUGCGCGCAAGCGCGUAAGGGCCCGCCCAGGACUUAUUUCACAGUUCCCAAUCAGCCCUGCUCCCGCCUCCCUACGGAGGCUUUUCAAACCACAAGAGCACCAAAAAAGUCACCCCCUCCCCCUUCCGCACCCCUCCUGCGUGCGCGCUCCUCGCCUCCUGCGUCACCCGGGAGGCGCGCGCCCGAGCUGCCGCCGCCGCCGCCGCCGAAUAUCCAACAAGGAGCGAGCCCAGUGGCCGCCGUCCUCGCCAGCGGAGUCGCCGCCGCCGUCCCCUUCCCUGCCCCCGUCGUUGGGCGUUUGAGCAAGACUGGUUUCGAUUCUCCCCGAGGACUUAUAAUCCUGGGGGAGUUACUACAUUACUGGUAAUUGGUAUCCUCAUCUGACUAAUCAUGGCAACCCCUGAUGUGAGUGUCCACAUGGAGGAAGUAGUGGUUGUGACAACACCUGACAAUGCAGUUGAUGGCAGUGGUGUAGAAGAAGUGAAAACUGUGUUGGUGACAACAAACCUGGCUCCUCAUGGGGGAGACCUUACAGAAGACAAUAUGGAAACAGAAAAUGCAGCAGCUGCAGCUGCAGCUGCUUUCACAGCUUCUUCACAGCUGAAGGAAGCAGUAUUAGUGAAGAUGGCUGAAGAGGAGGAGAGUUUGGAGACUGAGAUUGUUUAUCCCAUCACCUGUGGAGAUAGUAAAGCCAACUUGAUAUGGAGGAAGUUUGUAUGUCCUGGCAUUAAUGUGAAAUGUGUUCAGUAUGAUGAGCAUGUGAUCAGCCCUAAGGAGUUUGUCCACUUGGCUGGCAAGUCAACUCUGAAGGACUGGAAAAGAGCAAUCCGCAUGAAUGGGAUCAUGCUCAGGAAGAUCAUGGAUUCUGGAGAGCUGGACUUUUAUCAACAUGACAAGGUCUGUUCCAACACCUGCCGCAGCACUAAAAUCGACUUGUCUGGUGCCAGAGUGGCUUUAAGUAGUCAGACUUCAACAGAAUACAUCCCUAUCACUCCUGCUUCUGCAGAUGUGAAUGGGUCUCCUGCUACAAUCACCAUAGAAACUUGUGAGGACACUGGUGACUGGACUACCACCAUUGGAGAUGAGACUUUUGCCUUUUGGCGAGGGCUGAAGGAUGCUGGUCUCUUAGAAGAAGUGAUUCAAGAGUUUCACCAGGAGCUGGUAGAGAUGAUGAAGGGAUUGCAGCAGCGUGUUCAGGAUCCUCCUUUACAGCUUCGAGAUGCUGUCUUACUCAACAAUAUUGUACAGAAUUUUGGAAUGUUGGAUUUAGUGAAGAAAGUCCUGGCUAGUCACAAGUGCCAGAUGGACCGGUCCAGAGAACAGUACACUCGAGAUUUGGCAGCUUUAGAGCAGCAGUGUGAUGAGCACCGGAAAAGAGCCAAGGAACUGAAGCAUAAAUCCCAACACCUGAAUAAUGUACUAAUGACUUUGACCCCUGUCUCUCUUCCACCACCAAUGAAACGUCCCCGACUUACAAGGGCUACAUCUGGGCCAGCUGCCAUAACCUCUCAAGUACUGACCCAGUCUGCACAGAUAGCCCUCACUCAAGGAGUACCAGUCUCUCAGCUUGCCAACCUACCCCUGAGCAAAGUGGUAUCUACUCUUCCAUCUACCAUAUUGGGGAAAAGUUCAACCCAAGUUUCUCCUGCGAGUUCCCCAGCCUCACCACUACUUGGGGGAUAUACUGUAUUGGCUUCUUCAGGUUCUAAUUUCCCCAGCACUGUGGAGAUCCAUCCUGAUGCUUCCAAUCUCACUGUACUCAGCACAGCAGCAAUGCAGGAUGGCAGCACUGUGGUUAAAGUGGUGAGCCCUUUCCAACUGCUCACUUUGCCUGGCUUGGGUACCACCAUACAGAACGUAACACAGGUGUCUCCUAGUGGUAGUACAAUUGUGACCGUGCCAUCUAGCGCUGUGGAGAGUGGAGCAACAUCAGAGGAGCAUACCACCAUUGAGGUAACCACGGUGUCAGAAGAUCAUGAUCAGAAGUAAAAAGAAUAAAAAUUUUUUUAAAAGAAGGAAAUGGACCUGUAACAGAACACUUAAAAAUGGAUUGUGUCUUUGAGAGCUGCCUUUUCCCAGUCUGUGCUGCAGAGUUAAGAAAAUGAGGGUAAAAAAGGUAGAAGGAAUCAAAACUUGGAGAUAACUUGGCUAAAGUGGGUAAUGGUGAGGCUGCUGAACCAAAGAGAGAGAAAAGAGAGAAAAAACACCAAAAAUAAACAAACAAAAAAGGGUUAGAUGAAUUAUUACAACUUAUAAAAAAUUUUCAAGUACUAAACUUUUCUCCCCCUUUUUUCCUGGGAUAUGUAUUUUUCCAUCUAUUGCUUAAUAACAUGGUUUCACAUUUAGAAGUAACAGGAAAAUGAGUAGCAAGAAGCAAGUCCAGAUAAAAUAGGAGGGUGGAUGAAAAGUAGAAGAUGAAAAAUAAUUGAAGAGAUAUUUGUGAAUGUGGACCUAAAGAGCCUCAGGAAAAUGUUGAUUCUCUAAGAGUAACAUUACAUAUCAGUUCUUGGGAUUUUGAUCCCAGGGUUUUCUGUCGCUUUGUUGUCAUUUCCUGUGAAGGUUAGUUUGGUUUACAGCAUAGGGUAUUUGGUAAAGUUCAGUUAAUGCAUUUUUGCACCAGAUGAGGUCUAUAUAAGACUUAGGAGCUUGGGAUGGCAAAUAUCUGCACAACUUGGUGCAAAUCAGUAGUCACAUGUGCCUGUUUUUGUUUUUUUUUCCCAGUUCUAGCCAAGUUCCUUGCCUGAGGUCUGAGAAGUGUUCAAGGGAAAAAAGGGACAAUAAUAAAGGUCUUGGGGACCAUACCCAAGUGUGGAAAAUCCAUGGAUCCUAUGGAUUUGGUGUCUUCCCACAGUUUUUCUGUAGGUUUUAAUUUGAAUAGUUUCCUUCCUUCCCCUUCCUUUUAUAAUUAUAUAUACAUUAUAUUUUUAUAUAAUGUAUAUGUGUACACACACAGGUCUGGGAGAAAACUUUAGAGGAAUCUUUCAAGGUGCAGGUGAAUGAGUUCAAAGCAGGCCACAUUGAGAUACAAACUUCCUUUCUCUGUCUCAAGGUGGGUACUAAGAAAGGAGAGGGCAUAAAAGGGGCCAAUAAAUGUGAAUAUUUUACCCCCAAUCUAGGAAGAUUGAGCUAAUGAGUCAGUCUAUUUGUCCUAUAUAUGAUCCUGACUAGGCCAGAUUAAACAAGUAGUUUGAAUAUUUCAAAAAGAAUCAUUUCAACAUUCAGGGAAAGUUAAAUUUGUAACAUUUUUAACAAAAGAAUGCUAGAUAUAUAGGUUUCCUAAAAUGACUCGAGUUUGUAUGUUUUAUAUUUUUAAAUGGCCUAGCAUUGUAUUGGAAUCCUCAGAAGAUAAUCUCAUAAGUUUAUCUGAACCAAUAUUGAAAAUUCUUGGGCUACUUUGCUUUUCUCUAUGCUUGGGGACUUGGGGACCUUGCACUGAGAAGAAGUAAUUCUGGCUUUUUAGUGGCCAUCACAACAGCUAGUAGGUUAUUUUUUAAAAUUGUAUUACAUUCACAUUAAGUAACCCCAGGAACAUAAGAAUACACCUAUCAUCUAGGAACCCAGUAUGAUUAGGCUUUGCCCAGUGUUGGGAUAUAUACUAAAUAGAUAUUAAAACAAUAACAGGUUACCAGAAAUAUAACUAAAAUUUUGAUAAUAGUAGGGCACUCAACUCUUUGUAAAUCUAUGAAUAAGAUACAUACAGUAUAUUAAAUGUUACUGGGUUAUAAGAUUUAAAUUUGGUGGUUACUCAGUGUUGCUUUCAUACCUCACACAUACAGCUUUUUAGCAUAGAUUUAUCUCAAGAGCCACCACUAUAGCACAUUUUGUCAGACAUAGCCUGACUCUCUCUGCCACCUGAGCCUUCAACAACUGGAAGUCUGGUGUGUACAAAUCCUGUUUAAAUAGCAGAGUUGGAUAUGCUUAAGCAUAUCCUUGGCCUCAGAGCAUUACUUUGGAUUUGCCAAUAAUAUUUAAAUCAUGAAGUCCAACUGGCUAUUACUAAAAGUUUAAAAUGGCACAAAUAUAUGGCUGCAGAAAGAUCAUGUGCAGUGAAAAUGUUUCCUGCUCUGGGAUCUGGGUUUAGGAGGACUCUGCUCAUAGUCAGAAUAUAGUAAGGAAACAAACCAUUGAAUUCUGCUUGAUUGUGAGGUCGUAAGCAACUUGCUGAGAUGUUCUGUGUUCCGUGUCACAUGCGUAAAGGGAAAGCAUUGCUCAUAAGAUACUCUUGAGCUGCUAGAGAGAUUGGUCUUAGAAUAAAGAAUACAAAUUACAUUCUGGGUCAAAGAAAAAGUUAUUUUUCAUUAACUAAUUUUGAAGUUUCCUUUGUCUUUUUUGUUUAUUUUUUAAAGAAGAAAAAUUCUUUCUUAAGACUAAGGACAUUUUCUUGCAGGAAAAUAUCUUGCAGUAAUCUGGAAGAUCAAAGUGCCUGAGUCACAAUUUUAAAUUUGGAAAUUCUUGAAUUUAAAUUAUUACUUUUUGUAAUUUUCUGGCCUUUGCUGACUCUUAAAUUCCUUCUUCAAAUUGUCCCCUGAUUUAUUGGGAAGGAUUGAUUAGCUCCAGCAUGUGUUAUUCUUUCCAGCAGCCUCAUAGCUUAUUCCAGGGAGCUUGGUGAUAAGGAAGUUGAAGUCUGUCAGGUAUAAUUUCUUAAGAAAUAGAAGGAAGUGAAAAUAUUUAUUGAAGUGAUUUUUCUUACACUUCUUUCUGGCUAUAGAGUGUGUCCUGUGUUGUAAGUUUACUUUAUUAGGGCAGCUAAAAGUAUACAAUCUCAUCACUGGCCUAAAACAUAUUUUUCUUUAUUUGUGCAUGCACGUGUACUUGUGUGUGCAUGUAUUUUGAAGGAAAUUUUGGCCAUAGCCCAGUUCCUGCCCUCAUAGACUAAUUAUGCCUUUGCUUAUAGGUCAAGCCAGUUUAACGUUUGUUUCCUAUAACAGUCUUGCAGCCCAGCAGCCCAGCAGCCCUUUCAUUCAUUGUCUGACUAGUGACUAUUGUGGGUAUCUUUUUUCUUAAGUACAUCAGGGCUAUAUGAGGAGACCAGUAGGUCACUCAUUGUUUCUUUACUCUAUUUGAAGCCAUUAUUAGAAAACUGACUUGAUUUAACAUAGUGUGGCUUCAAGUGGAGUUUAUUUUAAAACGUAUCACACUAUAUUCCUUCGAAUUGAUUCAUAUAUAAAUCUAUUGUUUUUCCUAAGACAUUCCCACUUCUCUAUUGAGACUUUUAUCCAAUACUGCUAUUCUCUCACUGUGUCAAAUUACUGAAGCCCUGGUGUCUUCUCUGUUAAACUUUGUUCACUUUUCUGUUAUGAGUCAUUUGGUUACAUACCAAUAAUGACUUAAUUAUACUCACUUUUAAAAUAAUUUUUUCAUGCUUCAGUUAUGAGUCAUAUUACCUGUAGAAAUUUGAUUAUACUUGACAUAAUUAGCUUAAGGGACUAAAAGGGAGUGGUGGUAUUGACUCAUUAUCUUAUAUAUGAUGUAACAAAUUUAAGUCCAAAGGCUAAAUGUUCUCUCAGUGCUGUAGGUUAAAGUAUACCUACCAUUUUCAUUAAGCCCUGUAGCCUUACUAUGUUAACAGUGGUUCAGCAGGCCAAUCUAGCAACAGGUUUUUUUUCUGAUGCUCAUAGAAUCCUAUGCUGAUCUUAUCAAUGUCCUCAUUCUUGAAGGCUCUGUAUACACAGUGAAUCAGACUUAACAAUAGUCAUCCUCAUAUUUUCCUUUCUUAAUGGGGUGCUGUUGGGAUAAGAAUCAUGUCACUAAUUAAAAAAAAUGGUUGUUACCCUUGGGAAAAGCCUUUCAUAUGGUUUUCUAUUUUAAAUACUUAAUUGCACUCUACCUUUUUCAGGCUGUCUAUAUAACAUCCACGGUCCUUUCUAGCUCUAAAUCUAUGAUCCUAUGAUCUUUAAUAAAUAUGAAGCUAAAGGACCAAAUGGAGUAAGUGGGUUAAUUUCACUUAAAGCAAGAGCAGGAAACCUUUCCAUCUUUGCCCCCUUUUGACCUAUUGACCCAUGAGGGAGAAAUUCAGUUUUACAAUCUAGCACAAAUCAAAAGCAACAAUGAAGUGCCACAAACAAAAUUUAAAAAUUUGUUGCCUAUUGUUAACAUGUUCUCAACUUCAAGUUCAUGAUUUCAUUAACUCUGUUCCCUCACUCCAUCAUCAGUACCUUUAAAGAAUUGAUAGACCACACACAUUAAAAAGUGUUUUUCUAAAAGUGCAUCUUUUAAAGACCUGUAUUUUUUUAAGGACUUGCCACUGGCUAGAUAAAAUCAAGCAGAGAAGGACAACCCCAGUCUUUGGGCCAUAGUCUUAGAGGAUGAUGCUACCAGUUUAAGUUUCUAACGUAAUUAGUAAAUGAUUUUCUCCUAAAAGGGAGAGAUUUUUUUUUUUUUUUUAUGUGCAAAGGUAUGGAUCCAUUUGUUCUUUACAAUGAUUUUUGAACCCUGUCAGUAGAGACUCCUUAGUUAACUUUUAGUAUUCAUUGUACCUAAUAAAAGAUGACUUCAACUGAAUGAAAAGUUCUUGUUCUUUUCAAACCCUUAAGUAAUAUUUUAAUAAUUGAAUCUUUUGCUUCAUUUGGAAAUAUGGGGCUAAGGCCGAGAUACGGUAUUAGAUAAUGAAAGGUAUGAUUUCUGGAAGAUAGUGAUACAUACUUACAGAAAUCAUACCCCACUUAAACUCAUCUACAAACAAAUUAUUGCUUCUGUAGCUAAUAUUUUCAUAUACAGCAGCACACAGCAGGCCCCCUUCCCAAAACCCCUGCUGUAUUUAAUUUAUGUAAAUUAAAAGUAGCACAUGUACUCUACAUACUGUCUUUUUAGGACACAGGUUCCAGUUAGCAUUCUUUGCCCUCACAAACCCCUCAAAGGAUUCUGCUCUUCUUACAUGGGUCAGGACUUUAACCCUAAAACUAAAAGUAAGAAUACUCUGAAACCGUGUACAAGAGACAGGUUUGCCAUAAAAUGAAAACUGUAAAUAUAGACAGACUGGUUUUAUUUGACUUCCAUUUUCCAGAAGAUCUGGAAUUGAAAGUUGCUUUUCCUAAGGGAAUAUUUGUUUCCUAUCAGUGCCUGCUCAGAGAUGAUUUGGGAGGAAGGGUUGACAUUUUGAGUUCUGUUUUGUAUAUUGUUUUUGCCAGUAUCUGCUUGAUAUUUUGAUUUAAAAUAAAAAAAAUUUUUUUUCAUA